UGGACAUCGUCGAAGAUGAAGGCGUUCGUGAUAUUGUGUCUGGUGGCUGUCACCGUUGCCAUGCCAACGGCGAAAGAAGAUGGAGUCAUGGAGAGAUUCAUCUCCGCUUUAAGAGAUUGCGUGGAAACCGACACGAUGCUGUGCCUUAAGGAGAAGGCAAUGAAAUUCACGGACAAUCUUGCGGUGGCAAAGGAUUUGAAUUUAGUUGAAGGUGUUACCUUCGCUAGGACCGGCAGCCCAAGGUCAGCGCGAAGCUAUGAACCUUUGGACACAGACCCUAAAGCUAGGGAGACACAAGUCGAAGAUAGAAUCAUGGAUAAUGUAGUUGAUUUCUUAGAAAGCCAUGCUCUGCAAUUAAGAAUGCCGAAAUCUUUCAUCGAAGAUAACUCUGUUGAAGAGGAAGGUCGUGGUAAGAAGAAGAAGAAGCUGAAGAAGCUCCUUCCCAUCUUAGCUUUGAUUAAACUGAAGCUCGCUGCACUCGUACCUCUCUUCCUUGGCAUCAUCGCCUUCGCUGUCUUCAAGGCUUACCUCCUCGGCAAGAUAGCUUUCAUUGCCGCAGCAUUCGGAGCUUUGAAGAAGCUUUUAGAAUCGAAGAAGAACAGCGGCUGGUCUGAACCACCUCAUGAGGAGCAUGGUUGGGAAAGCGGUGGCGGAUGGGGAAGGUCCCAAGAUGCCCAAAACUUAGCUUACGCAGCCCACGCUAAGCAAUCGUAGAUAACAAUUUAAGUUAUUUAUUUAUUUAUUCGUGUAAUCUAAGUCUAAAAGCGUUUUUUAUAUCACGUAUUUAAAUUUUAUUUCUUUCUUAACCACCGUUUAUGACGCGUUUAAUUUGUGAGUGUGAAAGAUUGUGAGUUUUACUGUACAGUAUUUUUAUUAUGUAUGUAUAUUUUUUUUUGUCUAUUAAGUUCAUGACUGAUUUUAAUUUAGUUUAUGUAAUAUAUAUUUACGUUAUUAUGAUAUUUAUGUAGUAUAUUUUUUUAUUUCUUUUGCACAUUUUUUUUAGAAGAUAUUGAGUAAUACUGGUUGUUUUACCAAAUAUUUAUUUUUUAAGUUUUAUAUUCCAAAGAUAUGAUUUCUUUAAGUUUUCUUAUUUUUUUUUAUAUUAUAUAAAUACGAUAGAAGUAUGCGUGCAUUGAAACGAGUCGAAAUAUUUAUUACCGAUAUAUACGAAUGUUAUUAUUUAAGAUACAAAAUAAAACAUUUGCA